GGCACUGCCUCGCAGACCUGCCUUGGAGCCGCUUUCAGAAAAGCGAGGGCUUGGAAAAACACGUUUGCUGCUUUAGUGUCAGAUUGGCCCGGGAGUGGCCAGCCACCCAGCCUGGGAGUCCAGGUGUGUUCCAGGUUCUUCUGGUUGGGCUCAGACCUGCCUUGAGGAGCCUGUAAAUCUGAAAAUGAACCCCACGGAUACAGCAGAAACCACCCUGGAUGAAAGCAUCUAUAACAGUUAUUAUCUCUAUGAAAACCUCCCCAAGCCUUGCAACAAGGACGGAAUCAAGGCAUUUGGGGGGCUCUUCCUGCCCCCACUUUACUCCUUGGUCUUCCUCUUCGGUCUGCUUGGAAAUUCUGUGGUGGUCUUGGUCCUGUUCAAGUACAAGCGGCUCAAGUCCAUGACUGAUGUGUACCUGCUCAACCUCGCUAUCUCAGACCUGCUCUUCGUGCUCUCUCUCCCUUUCUGGGGCUACUAUGCUGCAGACCAGUGGGUGUUCGGGCUUGGCCUCUGCAAGCUCAUUUCUUGGAUAUACCUGGUGGGCUUCUACAGUGGCAUCUUCUUCAUCACACUCAUGAGCAUCGAUAGGUACCUGGCCAUCGUGCACGCCGUCUUCUCCCUGAGAGCCAGGACCUUGACUUACGGGGUCAUCACCAGUGUGGCCACGUGGUCAGUGGCUGUGCUCGCCUCCCUCCCAGGCCUCAUGUUCAGCACGUGUUAUACUGAGCGCAACCACACCUACUGCAAAACCAAGUACUCUUUCAACUCCACGAGGUGGAAGGUCCUGAGCUCCCUGGAGAUCAACAUUCUAGGGCUGGUGAUCCCUUUGGGGAUCAUGCUGUUCUGCUACUCCAUGAUCAUUAGGACUUUGCAGCACUGCAAAAAUGAGAAGAGGAACAAGGCAGUGAAGAUGAUCUUUGCCGUGGUGGUCCUCUUCCUGGGUUUCUGGACCCCUUACAAUGUGGUGCUCUUCCUGGAGACCCUGGUGGAGCUGGAGGUCCUUCAGGACUGCGCCUUUGAGCGACACCUGGACUAUGCCAUCCAGACCACAGAGACCCUGGCUUUUGUUCACUGCUGUCUCAAUCCUGUCAUCUACUUCUUCCUGGGGGAGAAAUUUCGCAAGUACAUCGUACAGCUCUUCAAAACCUGCCGGGGCACUUUGGUGCUCUGCCAAUACUGUCGAUUCCUCCCAAUGUACACUGACACCCCCAGCUCAUCUUACACACAGUCCACAGUGGACCAUGAUCUCCGCGAUGCUCUGUAAAAACUGAAAACACAAGAAACAGUUAAUAAGCUUCCCAAGUUGAGAGCUUAUUUAAAAUUGCAUCAAAGUAACAGUUUCCUGAACAAGUACAGGGGAGAAGAAUUACAUCCACUGCAAAAAGCAGGGCUUCUCACCUGGAAGUCACAUUUUCUUCCUGCCAAGCACAAGUUCAGCGUGACCAGAGUUCCCCUGGACCGAGACAUCCUUCCUUGCUGCGCCAGGCUUUCCUGCAGGGAUGAAUGAACCUGAGACAGUCCUGAGCAUGUUUCAGUGAGGAGAGAGAUGAUUUUGGAAAGGGAAGACCAUUCCCUUCCAACCUGAACUCAUGGGAUUCUUUUUUUUUUUUUUCAUGGCAUUCUUUAGAGGGGUUUGUAGAGCAUUGACUGGGGAAUAAAGCGCUAAUUCUUGCUGUGAAAAUGAGGCCUUUAAACUUUUACUAGCUUCUGUGAAACAAUAUAGAAAAACUUCGGCUUACUGUCCCAGUGGUUUCCUAAUCAUAUAUCUGAAGCACGGUGUACUCCAUGAAGCCAGGUGUCUGCAGAAACGAAUAGUAAAGGCAUGAAAUUAGAUCUGGAUUCUUUUAUUGUGAAGGAUUAUUUGUUAAUGAAAGCCAAACUUCCAAUGCUGAGAACAAGUAUAAGCUUAAGAGGGCAUUAGAAUGGUCUGAUUUCUAAACAUGAAAUGCAAGGCAUUAACAAAUCUAAAUGUAACUUGUGGAAAUUCAAACACAGUUUCAUGUGCUUGUGGUGUGUUUUAUUUUCAUUAAUACAUGAGUAUUCAAAUUUAAGAAAUAAUACAUAGGCCCAGAUAUAUUUAUUUGGGGUCCUUUACUCAUUUACAAACAUUUCCUUCAAAACCAAAAAUAACAAGGACUAAUCAAGUAAGACAUAGCUUCCUUAAUCAUUUCAAAGUGCGUGCCAUCAAGUAAGGCAAAAAUAAUCCACUAAAAGUUAAUGCUGAUAUGGCAUAAAAAUGACUUCCAAAAAAUUUGGAAUUGUGAAAAGUGUCAUCUUUUAAAAUAUUGGCCCUGGUUUUUAACUUUUGGAUGAUUCAAGAUUUCAAUCAGUCACUUCUUACAAGUCAUUUUAAUUAUGUAAUUAGUCAUUAAGAGAAAUCUCUGUUCUUACAGCCUUAAUCAGAAUUAAGACUUACAAAGUCUAAGGAUAUCUGUAAUUGCUCCAAAAACAAAACCUAUUUUGCAAACUAUUACCUGAGUUAACCAGUUUAAAAUGCUUCUGUAAAUUUACACAUUAUUGCAUGCUUUCCAUUUAUAAAGAAUGCAUUUCCAAAAAAAUUUAUUUUCAGAAGGUGAUUUUUAACAGAGUAAGUUGAUAUUGCCUUUUUAGAAAUACAAUAAAAGACAAUAAAUAAACCUGUGCAUAGUUUUUCCUGGUUAUGUGUAUGUUUGGUCUCCCACUGGGGAUGAGCAUCUGAGCCGCUAAUGUUCCCAUUGUCUGGCUUGAUCAUCUUUGCUACAUGUUAUAGAAGAGAUCCAUGUUCCCGAGAGGAAGAAUUAAAGGCUUCAGUGUUAAGAUAAUAACCACUUGAGAUGGAGAAAGGAGUCACUACUCAUCGUCACAAAAAUGCCUGGGGAUGAGAGUGGAUGAAGAGUGGGGACAGGAGGGGUUCCUGGGCAGUCCUUACAAAACCCCCA